GCGACGAUAUGCCAGAUGUUUUCAGGUCCGCGCGUACGCCGCCGGGCCGUGCCGAUGUCGCCCGGCCUCGGACCGGGCCGUGACGGACUUUGAUGUUGCAAGCAGGAGCUGACUUGCACGAACAAACAGCUUCCACCCGUGCGAGUCUCCUAGCGCUGCUCAGUCUUCGCUCGUGCUCAGCGGGCUUUCUGGGCGGACGGCGGAAGAGACGUCCAAAACACGCGAAGCCAAGACGCAGUCACACUGUCACAACCACCAGGAAACCAGCAACAUAUUUUUUUUUCUGCAGUGAAACUUCAUCACACACAGUAGGCUUUUUAGGAUUUGGGACCAGUGCGGCGGUCCGGCUCCAACUUGCUCGUCUUGAGAGACGGCGCAGUUCCACUCGACCAGCCGGCGGGCCUUUGUUCGCCGACGCCAUUGCCCGGGGUGCGAUCUGCCGCGCGAGUUAGCAACCGAGUUCCAGCGCCAUCUUUCCGCGCGCUUGGAUCUCCGUGGCUCAGCAGAUUAUCAAUAUGAAAGCUUCUGUAUUUAUCACCGCACUCAUGUCGGCAGUUUGUAUUCCUGAGACACACUGUGCCAGAAUUCUUGGGAUUUUCCAAUUAAAUUCGAAGAGUCACUUCAUAGUAGCUGAAGCUCUGAUGAAAGGUUUGGCUGCCAGAGGACAUCAAGUAGUGGUCAUGAGUCACUUUCCGCAGAAGAAUCCCGUUCCGAACUACACGGACAUAGACGUGUCCGGAUCAGCCUACACAGUGCAGAACAACGUCACUAUUGAAACUGCCCUUCGGUGGAACACCAUUCACAUAUUAGACAUGAUUUGGGAAGACACGUUGACUAUGUGCCGCGAGACCAUGAAACAUCCCAAAGCACAGGCGCUUUUGAAAUCCGAGGAGAGCUUCGACCUCGUCGUGACUGAGAUAUGCGGCAGCGAGUGCACCAUUGGGUUCGCGCACAGAUUCAAGGCGCCGUUAGUGCACCUCGUCACGAGUGUGGCCUUCCCCUGGACUCACGCGCGGAUAGGCAACCCGGACCACCCGGCCUAUGUCCCUAGUUACUUCCUGCCCUACACCAGCAGGAUGAACUUCUGGCAGAGACUCACCAACACCGUGUACAACGUGCUCAUAAAAGCAGGGAAUGACUUUUACGGCAACAGACCGACGUCUGCUGUGAUGCGUGAGUUCUUUGGUGAGGAUGUUCCUAGCGUGGAAGAGCUGGCCAGCAACGCCAGCCUGGUGUUGGUGAACAGCCACUUCUCCGUCACUGGGCCGAGACCUGCUGUGCCGGCGUUCGUUGAAGUGGGAGGAAUACAAAUACAAGAGCCCAAGAAACUGCCUCAGGAUCUUGAGAAGUUCUUGGACGAGUCUGAACACGGGGUCGUGUACUUCAACAUGGGCACCUUGGUGAGAGUGCAGUCGCUUCCCCCGGAGAAGCUGGGCGCUCUGCUCGAGGCAUUCGCGGCGCUGCCGGAGAGAGUGCUGAUGAAGUUCACAGGCGAGCACUUGCCCGGCAAGCCAGCGAACCUCCUGACCAGCAAGUGGGUUCCGCAGAUAGACGUGUUGAGUCAUCCGAAGACCAAACUAUUCAUCAGCCAUGGAGGUCUGGGAGGAACUCAGGAGACUGUAUACGCUGGCGUUCCUGUAGUUGGCAUUCCCCUCUUCGCAGAUCAAGAAGGCAACAUCAACCACCUACUUGAAUUGGGAAUGGCUACAAAGUUAAACUAUGAAGAUAUUACAAAGGAAAGCCUCGUAAAUGCUAUUCGACGAGUAAUUGAUAACAGCAGCUACUCGGAGAGCGCGAGGAGAGCAUCGGCGGUGUUCCGGGACCGGCCCAUGUCGGCGCUGGACACGGCCGUGUACUGGGUGGAGUACGUGGCGAGGCACCGAGGCGCGCCCCACAUCAGGUCUGCCGCCGCCGACAUGCCGCUCCACCAGUACCUGCUGCUCGACGUGGCAGCGGUCCUGCUGAUGGUCACCUGCGCCGCCUUCUGCGCCCUCAACACCCUGCUCAGGAAACUAGUCUCUGUCUGCUCCGCGACAACCACCCGCAAGCACAAGCGCCAGUAAACCAUCACCUCCUGUUGCACGCCUGAUGAGACCGUGGCGAAGACACUCGCUUCCAUCUGGCCCACGGCAACCACCCGCAAACACAAGCGCCAGUGAACCAGUACCUCCAGCUGCACGCCUGAUGAGACCGUGGUGAAGACACUCCCAUCUGGUCCCACGGCAACCACCCGCAAACACAAGUGCCAGUGAACCUGUACCUCCUGUUGCAUGCCUGAUGAGACCGUGGUGAAGACACUCGCUUCCAUCUGGCCCACGGCAACCACCCGCAAACACAAGCGCCAGUGAACCAGUACCUGCUGCUGCACGCCUGAUGAGACCGUGGCGAAGACACUCACUUCCAUCUGACCCACGGCAACCACCCGCAUACACAAGCGCCAGUGAACCAGUACCUCCUGCUGCACGCCUGAUGAGACUGUGGCGAAGACACUCACUUUCCAUCUGGCCCACGGCACCCACCCGCAAGCACAAGCGCCAGUGAACAAGUACCUCCUGCUGCACGCCUGAUGAGACCGUGGUAAAGACACUCACUUCCAUCUGGCCCACGGCAACCACCCGCAAACACAAGCGCCAGUGAACAAGUACCUCCUGCUGCACGCCUGAUGAGACCGUGGUAAAGACACUCACUUCCAUCUGGCCCACGGUAACUACCCGCAAACACAAGCGCCAGUGAACCAGUACCUCCUGCUGCACGCCUGAUGAGACCGUGGCGAAGACACUCACUUUCCAUCUGGCCCACGGCACCCACCCGCAAGCACAAGCGCCAGUGAACCAGUACCUCCUGCUGCACGCCUGAUGAGACCGUGGUGAAGACACUCACUUCCAUCUGGCCCACGGCAACCACCCGCAAACACAAGCGCCAGUGAACCAGUACCUCCUGCUGCACGCCUGAUGAGACCGUGGUGAAGACACUCACUUCCAUCUGGCCCACGGCAACCACCCGCAUACACAAGCGCCAGUGAACCAGUACCUCCUGCUGCACGCCUGAUGAGACUGUGGCGAAGACACUCACUUUCCAUCUGGCCCACGGCACCCACCCGCAAGCACAAGCGCCAGUGAACAAGUACCUCCUGCUGCACGCCUGAUGAGACCGUGGUAAAGACACUCACUUCCAUCUGGCCCACGGCAACUACCCGCAAACACAAGCGCCAGUGAACCAGUACCUCCUGCUGCACGCCUGAUGAGACCGUGGCGAAGACACUCACUUUCCAUCUGGCCCACGGCACCCACCCGCAAGCACAAGCGCCAGUGAACCAGUACCUCCUGCUGCACGCCUGAUGAGACCGUGGUGAAGACACUCACUUCCAUCUGGCCCACGGCAACCACCCGCAAGCACAAGCGCCAGUGAACCAGUACCUCCUGCUGCACGCCUGAUGAGACCGUGGUGAAGACACUCGCUUCCAUCUGGCCUACGGCAACCACCCGCAAACACAAGCACCAGUGAACCUAUACCUCGUGCUGCACGUGGUCGUAGUUCUCCUGCUGGUUUGUGAUCCUGGUACUGCCUGAUGAGACCGUGGUGUACACAAGCACUUCUAUCUUGUCAAGGCAUCUACCCGCAAACACAAGCACCAGUCUGUAAAAUUGUUUUCCAAUUUUCUCGCGGAAACACGCCACCAUCAUGAGAAAUCUAAUGCUGUACACUGUGCCAUGUAUUAGGGAUUUAGGCACGUUUUAUUUAAAAUUUUGUAAUCUUAAAUAUUUUUGGAAAUAUAUAUUUUUUUCUGUU